GAUAAUUUCCUAUCGGUUAGUUGAGUGAAGUAGAAUAAAAUUUUGGUAGACGUACUCUUACAAAUAGCUACAAUAUUCUAUAUAAUUUCCUGGAAUAUAAUAAAGUUUGGGCGACAGCUUAUAGUGCUACUUGUCAUUACAGAUUAUUUAUAUUAGUUCUAUCAUUUAUUUAUAUUUAUACAUAAUGCCCAAAAAGUUCGCCACAGAUAAUACAAAGGCUGUAGUUGCCAGAGAACGAAAAAAACAAGCUAAAGAAGAAGCAAUUUCUAAAAAACAGAAGGAAAUAGAGGAUGCAUAUUGGAAAGAUGAUGAUAAGCAAAUACAAAAGAAGCAACAGAAAAAGGAAGCUGAAGAAAAGAAAAGGCAAGAAACUUUAAAGAAAAAAGCUGAGGCAAAAGCUUUAUUAGAGAAGGAAACAAAUGAAAUAGCUAAAAAAUCUUCAAAACCACCACCUGCUGUAAAAGUAACAAGAGCCCAAAUCAAUGCCAGAACAGCUGCAGUAAAAUCUAAAACUGAAAACUCAGAAAAUAAAAUUGAGACACAUCUUGAAGCACCUUUAGUUGAAAAUGUUAAUAGGCUUGUAAUAGAUGGAGAAGAGGCAAGAACUGUGGAUGAAGCUAUAUCUCUGCUCUGCAAUAAAGAUGACAUUGACAAACAUCCUGAAAAACGAAUGAAAGCAGCUUAUUUAGCUUAUGAAGAAAAAAGACUUAGUGAAUUAAAAGAAGAAAAUUCCACGUUACGAUUAUCUCAGUUGAAACAAAUGAUCUUUAAGGAAUGGCAGAAGUCUCCAGAAAAUCCGCUUAAUCAAUAAUUUAUAUCCUGUUGAAUAUUAUAUAUAUUUUUUAUAGUUUAUCAUGUUAGUAUGAAAUUUGAAUUCUGAUGUAAAUAAACAAACUAUAUACACUGUUA